AUGGCGAGACCGACCUCCACCGCCCCUUCUACGGCGACCACCACUGCCCUCCAGACGUUCUCCUCCUCCAACCAGCAGCCGCAUAUUAGGGACUCGCUGGUGCUGAAAUUGAAGCUUCCGAAGAAGAAGGUGUCGUGGAAGGAAGGAACCGUAGACAACGAGUUUAUGAAUAAAAAGAGCUCCAAAAAAUGCUGCAUCUUCCACAAGGAGAAGCCUUUCGACGAGGACGAUUCCGACGCCGACUGCGAUCACGAUCACGAUCAUCAAGAGGCUUCGACGAGUCGGUGA